CUGAAUGAAUUCAGUGAGUGUCAGUGUGUAGCUUGCAGACAAACCUCAUCCACAAGGAGGCUACUGACAUAGGAAGCACUUUGGCGCAUUUUCAGAGGCAAAGCCAGCCUGAUAAAGCUCCUUGUGACAGCCUGACUUGCCAUUCUUCGAGUAUGCUGCUCUUGCUCUGAGCAGCUCCAACCUUGGAGCCACAGCUUCCCAAAUUAAAGAGUUUGCAGACUUAUCAGCCUUUUAACCUACAGCAGUGUCUCUGCUAUGUUUGAGGGGUUUGCUUUGGAUGGUGAAAGCUAGCACUCCAUACAAGACAUGACAGCAAAAAAUUCUUCAAAGGAACUUACUGCUUCUGAGUCUGAGGUUUGCAUUAAGACUUUCAAGGAGCAAAUGCACUUAGAACUUGAGCUUCCAAGACUACCGGGAAACAGACCUACAUCUCCCAAAAUUUCUCCACGCAGUUCGCCAAGGAACUCACCAUGCUUUUUCAGAAAGUUGCUGGUGAAUAAAAGCAUCCGGCAGCGUCGUCGCUUCACCGUGGCUCAUACAUGCUUUGAUGUGGAAAAUGGCCCUUCCCCAGGUCGGAGCCCACUGGACCCCCAGGCCAGCUCUUCCUCUGGGCUGGUGCUUCACGCCACCUUUCCUGGGCACAGCCAGCGCAGAGAGUCCUUUCUAUACCGGUCAGACAGCGACUAUGACUUGUCACCAAAGGCGAUGUCAAGAAACUCAUCACUUCCAAGCGAGCAACAUGGCGAUGACUUGAUUGUCACUCCAUUUGCCCAGGUCCUUGCCAGCUUGCGAAGUGUGAGAAAUAACUUCACUCUACUGACAAACCUUCAUGGAACAUCCAACAAGAGGUCCCCAGCGGCUAGUCAGCCUCCUGUCUCCAGAGUCAACCUGCAAGAAGAAUCUUAUCAAAAAUUAGCAAUGGAAACGCUGGAGGAACUAGACUGGUGCUUAGACCAGCUAGAGACCAUACAGACCUACCGCUCUGUCAGUGAGAUGGCUUCUAACAAGUUCAAAAGAAUGCUGAACCGGGAGCUGACACAUCUCUCAGAGAUGAGCCGAUCAGGGAACCAGGUGUCUGAAUACAUUUCAAAUACUUUCUUAGACAAGCAGAAUGAUGUGGAGAUCCCGUCUCCCACCCAGAAAGACAGAGAGAAGAAAAAGAAGCAGCAGCUCAUGACACAGAUAAGUGGAGUGAAGAAACUGAUGCACAGUUCAAGCUUAAACAAUACGAGCAUCUCCCGCUUUGGAGUCAACACCGAGAAUGAAGAUCACUUGGCCAAGGAGCUGGAAGACCUGAAUAAAUGGGGCCUUAACAUCUUUAAUGUGGCUGGAUACUCACACAAUCGGCCCCUAACGUGCAUCAUGUAUGCCAUAUUUCAGGAAAGAGACCUCCUAAAGACAUUCAAAAUUUCAUCUGACACAUUUGUAACCUACAUGAUGACUUUAGAGGACCAUUACCAUUCUGACGUGGCAUAUCAUAACAGCCUGCACGCUGCUGAUGUAGCCCAGUCAACCCAUGUUCUUCUUUCUACGCCAGCAUUAGAUGCCGUCUUCACCGAUUUAGAAAUCCUGGCUGCCAUUUUUGCGGCUGCCAUCCACGACGUGGAUCACCCUGGCGUCUCCAAUCAGUUUCUCAUCAACACAAAUUCAGAACUGGCUUUGAUGUACAAUGAUGAGUCUGUGUUGGAAAACCAUCACCUGGCUGUGGGUUUCAAACUGCUCCAAGAAGAGCACUGUGACAUCUUCCAGAAUCUCACCAAGAAGCAACGUCAGACACUCAGGAAAAUGGUUAUUGACAUGGUUUUAGCAACUGAUAUGUCUAAACACAUGAGCCUGCUGGCAGACCUGAAAACAAUGGUAGAAACAAAGAAAGUGACGAGCUCAGGCGUUCUCCUCCUGGACAACUAUACCGAUCGUAUACAGGUCCUUCGCAACAUGGUACACUGUGCAGACCUGAGCAACCCCACCAAGUCCUUGGAAUUGUAUCGACAAUGGACAGAUCGCAUCAUGGAGGAAUUUUUCCAACAAGGAGACAAAGAACGAGAGAGGGGAAUGGAGAUUAGCCCAAUGUGUGAUAAACACACAGCUUCUGUGGAAAAAUCCCAGGUUGGUUUCAUUGACUACAUUGUCCAUCCACUGUGGGAGACCUGGGCAGAUCUGGUACAACCCGACGCUCAGGACAUUCUGGACACGUUAGAAGACAACAGGAACUGGUAUCAGAGCAUGAUACCCCAGAGUCCCUCCCCACCACUGGACGAAAGAAACAGAGACUGCCAGGGUCUGAUGGAGAAGUUUCAGUUUGAACUGACCCUUGAAGAGGAGGAUUCUGAAGGACCUGAAAAGGAGGGAGAGGGCCACAACUAUUUCAGCAGCACAAAGACACUUUGUGUCAUCGAUCCAGAAAACAGGGAUUCACUGGGAGAGACUGAUGAUGUAGAAAUUGUGACAGAAGACAAGUCCCCGAUUGACACAUAAUCUCCCUGCUCAUGUGGAGAUGAACAUUCCACCCUUGACAAGCAUGCCAGCUGUAUGGUAGGGCCAGCCCAUCACCAGGGCAAGGCCUGCACAGGACAAAGGUCACCUGGCCUUUGUAGUUACUUGAGUUUGGAGCCAGAAUGCAAGGCCAUGAAGCAAAUAGCAGCUCAGGAAUCCCGUGGUUGACUUGCCUGGCCUGCAGGCUUGGUGGAGAGCUGAAGUUUUAUGGUAGUGGAGGCCAGUAUCCCAUCGCGACUCAAUGGCUUGAAAAAUGGAAGACACAAAACUGAGAGAUUUCUCUGCACUAAGUUUCGGGACCUGUCCCGACAAGUGACUGAACUCACUGAUUAAUAACUUCAUUUCUAAAUCUGCUCACCUGUCCCCUUGUCUGCCAACCUGUGUGCCUUUUUUGUAAAACAUUUUCAUGUCUUUAAAAUGCCUGUUGAAUACCUAGAGUUUAGUACCAACUUCUCCACAGAUAAGUGUUCAGAGCUGACUUACACUUUUUUUUGACUCUUUCUGGGGGGGAAAAAAAAGGAAAGAAAAUAGUCUUCCUUCUUUCUUGGGCAAUAUCUUUCGCUUUACUACAGUUAACUUUUGCAAACAGACAGGAAGGACACAGCUCUAACCACAUUCUACUUCCUUCCCCUGUUGUCCAGUCUAGCUCCACAGUGGUCCUGGUAACCCAGCUCUGUUUGCCUGCUUCUAACAGUAGUUUUUCUCUAGGGUCUCACUAUUUUGCUCUAAGCAGAAUAACAUUGAACAAAAUAGGGGAUGAGAGGGGGAUAGCUGUAUUGUUCACCAUGUCAGCCUGUAUAGCACUCAACUUAAUAAGGCAGUGUGCCCCUUGUGUCCUGAAGCCUCUGUGCCUCUGUGGGUUGCACAGCCCCAUCCUGUUCUCUGCCUACCCCCUUCACUCCAUUAUGCUAGUCACUCCAUUAUGCUGUUCACCAUUUAACGCUGCCAUCUUCCUCUUGCACUGCCUUCUGCGCUAACACCUCCAUUCCUGUUUAUAACCGUGUAUUUAUUACUUCAUGUAUAUACUGUAAUAUUUUGUAAGUUAUUAAUUUAUAUAUCUAACAUUGCCUGCCAACGGUGGUGUUAAAUUUGUGUAGAAAACUCUGCCUAAGAGUUACGACUUUUUCUUGUUAUGUUUUGUAUUGUGUAUUCUAUAACCCAAACAUUGCUUAAGAGAGACACAGGCCCCUCUGCACAGAGCACAGGGAUGGGCCUUUUGCUAAGAGGGCCUGCCCUCUCCCUGUCUGCGUUCCUAAUACUGCACAGCCCCUUUAUGAACAGGUUUUGCAAACAGGAUUCUCAUAUUCGAUACUAAAAGGUUUAUACUGAGCUUUUAUUUUGUAUGGUUUGAUAGGGGUAGGGGGUGAUGGGACAUUGUUUUUACCCAUGUUCUAUCCAAGUCUGUGUACGCAUGAGUUGGGUUAUAACCGGUUUCUACUAUAAUUGUGGCUUCGGUUCAAAAAGCAACACUACAUUUGCUCACAGAUGAUUCUUCUAAGUAUUCCCAAACUACUGACUUUGAAGAGCUAGCCUCCUGCCUGCCACUAAGCAAGAAUGUCAUGUUCCAAUUCAUUCUGAAAGAAAAUGAUAAAACAAUGUGAAUUUUUAUAAUAAAAUGUGAACUGAUGUAGUAAAUUAUGCGAAUGUGAAGCUUCUUCUGAUAACACUUGUUAGGCCUCUUCCUGGUGUCAGUUUCAGUUUGUAAAAUAUGUUUCAUGCUUCGGUUCAGCAUUGUGACUCAAUAGUUUAAAAAAAUGGCACAAAUGUGCAUGACCAAUGGGUUUGUAUGUCUAUAAACACUGCAUUGUUUCAGGUGGACAUUUUACUGUUUUCAAGUUUCUCACAAUGUAUGUUAUAAUAUUAUUAUUAUUAUUAUAUAUUGUGCUCAGAUGCAUUCCUAAGAGACUUUUAUAUGAGGUGAAUAAACAAAAGCAUGAUUAGAUUAGA